AUGGCUGACAAUGCAUUUGCUAUCGGAAACCUUGGAGAUAUCAUAAGAAAACACAGAAUUUGGCAGGAGUGUUUCCCUCGAGUAGAACCAUUUUAUGCAAUAAAAUGUAAUGAUGUUGACCCUGUCAUUAGGAUCCUAGCAGAUAUGGGACUUUCAUUUGAUUGUGCAAGUAAAAUUGAGAUACAGAAGAUAUUAGACCUUGGAGUUGAUCCAUCAAGGAUUAUUUACGCCAACACAUUCAAACAACCAUCAUUUCUCAAAUAUGCUGCUGAUAAUGGUGUUUCUUUGAUGACAUUCGAUUGUGAGAAUGAACUUGAAAAGAUCAAGAAAGUCUACCCAGAGGCAAAAUUGGUGCUUAGAAUAAAUCCACAAUCAAACUACAAGGUUAAAUUUUACCUAGGAAGAAAGUUUGGAUGCCAUCCUUUGAGAGCAUCGGAACUCUUGCAAAUUGCUAUGAAACUCAAAUUAAAUGUGAUUGGUGUAAGUAUCACAACCUGA